UGCCAGCCCUUCUACAGUUAUUCCAGGAAUGCGUUGAACAUGGCUGCCGCGAUGAAGGCGCAGAAAACGGGACUGCUGGAACUUCGAGUGACCGUGGACCGCUGGAUCCGGGUGUUGGCCACUCUCACCGAGGACACGCUCACGGUCAACCCGGGGGAGGGCGUCGAGGAGCCCGCCAAGCCCAACCCGAGCAGUACCGCCGGUGCGAUCAACGGAGACCCCCCGAACCUAAGCUCGUCCCCGGUCCCGGAGACCAUCACCAACGUGAAGCGCACCGUGCGAGUUACCAAGCAAGAUGUCGGAGGACUCGGAAUCAGUAUCAAAGGUGGGAAGGAGAACAAGAUGCCCAUCCUCAUCUCCAAGAUAUUCAAAGGCCUCGCUGCUGACCAGACUGAGGCGCUUUACGUGGGGGACGCCAUACUGUCUGUCAACGGCUAUGACUUACGGGAGGCCACACACGACGAGGCUGUGCAAGCGCUGAAGAAAACCGGCAAAGAAGUCAUCCUUGAAGUGAAGUACAUCAAGGAGAUGUCGGCCUUCUUUAAAAACUCGGGGUCCCCCGGGGCCACCCUCCCCUGGGACUCCCCCCCCUCCACGCCCCACAGGGGCACCGAGCUCGCCCCCGCCGAGGUGAAGGAGCCCUGCAGCAUCCCGCUGAAGAUGUGCCAGGUGUCACGGAAACAGUGCCCCCCGGACACGGAGAACCGGUAUUUCGAGGUGAUUUCGUCCAGCAGGAGGAGCUCUGUGUUCCUGCGGGCCAAGGACCCGGCCAUGGCUCAGUCCUGGUACAACGCCAUCCAGGCCGGCGCUGCCAGCCUCCUGCCGCGCGUCAAGGAGGAGAUGAGGAGCAUGCAGCCGGGAGUGGAGGUCAAACACGUGGGCUGGAUCACGGAGCAGGUGACCCAGGGUCCAGAGAAACCCGUACUGGCCAUGCUGACCGACAGAGACCUGGUCCUGUAUCCCUCCCUGCCGGAGAGCAAGGAGAGCCUGGGCAACCCCACCAAGAGCCACCCGCUCAUCGCUACCAGGCUGGUCCACUCCGGCCCGGGGAAGAGCUCCCCCCUGCUGGACUCUGACCUGUCGUUCGGCCUGCGUUCGGGCACCAAGCAGGGCGUGGAGACCCAUGUGUUCAGGGUGGACUCUGCCAAGGAGCUGUCCACCUGGACUCACCUGGUGGUGGAGGGUUGCCAUGACGCCGCCGAGCUCGUCAAGGAGGUCACCGCCGCCUGCAGUUGGAAUGGGAAGGAGUGCACCCUGGGAGUCCACAUUGAUGAGGGUUUCACACUAUUUACACAAGAGAUGGGUGUCAGGAAAAGUAUCCUGCUGCAGCAGCCGUUCGAGCGCCUCCGAAUGUCCUCAGACGACGGGGUUCGCAUGAUGUUCCUCGACUUCGGAGGCCAGGAGGCCGAGAUUCAACUGGACCUCCAUUCUUGCCCAAAGACCAUAGUCUUCAUCAUCCACUCUUUCCUGUCUGCCAAGGUCAAGCGACUGGGGCUCCUGGCAUGAUCGAGGUCAACCAUCUGGAACGUCAACGGGAAUAUUCAAUAAAUCACAGAGCCAGAAGACGUCAGGAACACCAGAGGAUGCAGCCUGGGGGAAAAGGGCUGACUCAGCACUUUCUCUCCGCCCCUAAAAGGAUCCUCUCUGACCAACAGGUCUUUCUAUGGGAAUGGACAGAAGGCCGCAGCAUUGACGGACCUUUGUUGAACUUGUAGCUUCACGGUAAAGGAGAGGUUUUUUUUUUUUUUUUCCCAUCAUGGCGUGAGUCAGCAGCCUCUGAAGGGAUCUGGCAUCCGUCAAAUCGUUUUUCGGUGGGUCGUCACACGUCAUGGUGGCAAACUGUGUGACAUCCUGCAUCUUAAUGUUUCCAAGCUGGAAAUACCAACUAUUUCCUUUCAUUUUUUUUGUGCCGUUGUGUAAGAUUUUGCUUUGUUUCAUGAGUCACGGUAGGGCCUUUGUACCGAGAGUCCUUUCCUCUUUCAAUAGUUGCUUCAUUUCACAAAUGUCCUGAUUGAUGUCGGAUGUCGGAAGUUUUUUAACACAGGGAGCUUUAGUGCAGUGACAGAAUGACAUGACCGAUCAUUACAUAAUCAAUAAUAUGAACUGAACAAUGAAAAAAAACUUUUGUUUUUCUUCUUUUUUUCGGACAGCUUCCCAAAUGUAAUUUGCAUUGCAGCUCAACAACUUGUUGUUUUAUUUUCCUCUCUUCCCUGUUUUGAGCGUGCUCAUCCAUCAUGGCCUGACAAAAAGAAAUGCCUAACAUUGUGCAGCGCAUAUUAUUAAAAUAUCUGUUUUUUUUCUCGUCGUCAUAGCUUAUUCAAUAAAUCUGAUUGAAAAAAGUAGGAUUAUCUUGAGAAGAAAAGACUGCCCUUCUCUUUCAUAUCAACGCAUGUGAAGUGUCAAAUGAGAGCUGUUGUGUUGUUGUUUAUUUUAGAGUUCUGCCGGAUUGGUUGUUGUUUCCUCAUCGUGUAUCGAUGGACGACACCGUCGGCCCUCUGGACCUCCACUUAUUUAGCUUUCAAGUCCAAUACAAGCACAGAAUUUCACAGUAUUGUUUGUCUUUCUGUCCGUUUCUGAUGGAAUCCCAUGAGACGAUGAGCCGUGUUCAUCAGAGUGUUCUGGUGGUCUCCUCUCUACACGUUGACAUUUGAUACUUUGCCAUUUAGAGGUGUUGAGUUUAACUUAGUGUUUUUUUUUUUUAUGUUUUCAUUUGUGUGUCGACUGAACAUCCAAAACUAGGGGCCUUCUCUCCGUGUCAAACACUAAACAGACGUGUAUUAAUAUAUAUUUCAAAAACUAAAACCGGUUUGCUUUCAAGAAUAAGAGGUAUUGUAUAUUCUUAUUUAAACAAAGGUGUGCCUUGCAGAGUUGUUUGUAUAUAAACAUGUAAUAAACUUUGUUAACUUU